AAACAAAGGGCGGCUGAGGGGAAAACACAACGAGACACAAAAUGCUGUUUUUUACAAGGGCAACGGGGCGGCGAAAGCGACCACCUCCUCCAGUCGGCGGCUAAGCGGGUCUAUUGCAGCCGCGCGGGGGCGGCACGUGGCCGCCGGGCGCCGCUCUUCCCGCCUCGAACGAAAGGAGCCAAGAUGGCGGCGGCGGCGGCAGCGGUGGGGAGCGGUGGGGCUGCCGCGGCUUCUGUGCUGAGCCGAAGCCGGUUCCGGGGCUGCCUGCUCGGAGCGCUGCUGGGCGACUGCUUGGGCGGCGGCUUCGAAGCUUUCGAGACGGUCAACUUGGCGGAGCUGCUACGCUUCGUGCGGUCGCUUCAGCCACCCGAGAAAGAACGCCCGGCCCAGGACAGGUUGGCACCUGAGCCAAACCACAAAACAUCCUCCCCAGCCGGGGAAGAAGGGGAGUGUGAAGAUUUGCGGCAGGAACAAGGGGGUUAUACGAAUCCACAUAGGGAAGAUUUAGGAAUCCACUUCUACAGUGAUGACACAGCUAUGACUCACUCGAUAGUGAGGUCACUACUAGCCAAGCAGGACUUCGAUGAAGUGGAUAUGGCAAAGCGGUUUGCUGAAGAAUACAAGAAAGACCCUGACCGGACCUAUGGCGCCAGUGUGAUUACUGUAUUCAAGAAACUUCUCCGCCCCAAAUGCAGAGAUGUGUUUGAGCCAGCGAGACAGCAGUUUAAUGGGAAAGGCUCGUAUGGGAAUGGUGGUGCCAUGAGAGUAGCAGGCAUUUCACUAGCUUACUCUAACGUUCAAGACGUAAAGAAGUUUGCCAAAUUGAGUGCUGAAUUGACCCACUCCAAUUCCUUGGGCUAUAAUGGAGCCAUACUGCAGGCUUUGGCAGUUCACUACGCUCUACAGGGUGUAGAGCUGAAUCGGGAGAAGUUCGUGGAGCAGCUGAUAGGCCACAUGGAGGAAGUGGAAGCAGAUGACAAGUCUGUUGCAGAUGCACGAAUGCUGGGCUAUGAAGAGUUGCCAUAUUCAAAGCGUCUAAAGAAGAUCAAAGAAUUUUUGGAGCAGAGCACCGUGUCAAAAUCAGAUGUGGUGUCAGAAUUAGGCAAUGACAUUGCAGCCCUGCGCUCUGUCCCCACUGCUAUCUAUUCCUUUCUGCGCUGCAUGGAGUCUCACCCAGAUAUUCCUGAGGACUUCAACAGUCUGCAACGGACCAUUGUCUACUGCAUCUCGUUGGGUGGGGAUACAGACACCAUUGCUACAAUGGCUGGGGCAAUAGCUGGGGCGUAUUAUGGGGAAGAGCAGGUGCCCCAAAGCUGGAAGUAUAGCUGUGAAUCUUUUGAGGAGACAGAGAAGUUGGCUGACAGCUUAUACGAACUUUACUGCCAGCGGAUUUGAGCCAUGGAAAAAGGAACCCUGUACCUGGACAUCAGAUUUGUGUUUCUGUUUCAUCUUCCAAAGAAGAACUCGUUUGCAAUGUGGGGCUUCUUUUCCCUCAUGGGAAACAUGCCUAGGAUAUUUUGUGUGGCAGAUAAAGGUUCCUCUUGUAACCAAUUGCUCCAAAGUGCCAAUUGCUUUCUGCUGCAUACAUAAUUUCUCGCUCCUCUUACAGCCUGAUUUUUAGACUUUUAUUAUUAAAUCUCAGUUGGAGUCAAAUCUCUCUCAGUUCACUAUGCCCAAGUGUUGGGAACCCUUGGCACUGAGCUCUGCUGGGAGCAAGGCAAGGAUUUGUAAGCAUUGCUUUCCAUCCAUUGUUAUGGUGCAAAUUCAUCACAUGGUAGCUACAGAAACUGCUUUUGGAUUUCCUGUGUGGUUGCAAAAGCUAGAGGACGGAAGACUGGACUCUCUUGCCUUGUAACUGAGUAAUCUCUGAGUACUUGAAAUCUGGAGAUUUUACAUAUGUCUUUGAUAACCAGGAAUGUGUUACCAGUAGUAAAUUUAAAAUAAAAAAGUAAAAUACACUGCUGCCCUCAGUAGAAACCAAAAGGCCAAAUGGAUGAUGCAUUCUCCUAAGUUUGAAGGGGAGCAGGUGCCACAUUUCUGUCCAACCAACAUGCCUGUCUGGACUCCAGUGCCACCAGAUGUCCACAUUGGGGACUAUCAUUUGUGCAAACAUGCAAAAUCCAGAUCAUGUGACUCAAAUGAAAUUCAGGAAUUGACUCUGUAGUUUUGGUCUACCCACACUGAACUUUGUGGUGGUGUUAGAAGUACAGUGGAACCUCGGUUUAUGAACACCUCGGUUUAUGAAUUUUCGGUUUAUGAACGCUGCGGACCCAUCUGGAAUGGAUUAAUUCAUUUUCCAUUACUUUCAAUGGGAAAGUUCGCUUCAGUUUAUGAACGCUUCAGUUUAUGAACAGACUUCCGGAACCAAUUACACCCAUGCUUCAGUUUAUGAACAUUUCAGUUUAAGUACUCCGCGGACCCGUCUGGAACGGAUUAAUCCACUUUCCAUUACUUUCAAUGGGAAAGUUUGCUUCAGUUUAUGAACGCUUCAGUUUAAGUACUCCGCGGACUGUCUGGAACGGAUUAAUCCACUUUCCAUUACUUUCAAUGGGAAAGUUCGCUUCAGUUUAUGAACGCUUCAGUUUAUGAACAGACUUCCGGAACCAAUUGUGUUCAUAAACCGAGGUACCACUGUAGUACUAUGCCCCCAAGGAAAAUGGCUCAGGAUAUCCUCCUACCUGGUUUGAAUUCUGUAUUUGUUUUUAAGAAACAAAUAUUCAAAUUAGAGUUUGUUAGAAUUUAAAGUCUAACCAAAAGCACUGUUGGUGUCAGUGUUUGUGGCACUGCAACCUUUCUCGUGAGGUCUCCCUGUGCAUACAGUGGCCUCUGGGUCAGUCCUUAGUAUGGGAGUGAGGCUUAGCUCAUCCUGGUCAGCUUGAAAACCUUCUGUAUGUUCACAGGUGGUGAUCAAAGAACAGGCUUGCUCUAAAGACAAGGAAUAUUAUUAUUAUUAUUAUUUAUUGAAUUUGCUAGUCGCUUUAGAUUGCCCAAGGCAACCCAAAGUGACUUACAAACAAACAAUAUUUACAUUGGCAUGAUUUUUGCAGGCAGUAAUGUGAAAUGCAAAUCUUUUUGUAAAAUAAGAUUUAUUGAUGUUGGGUCAAUACAAUCAAGUACUGUAGUUUCAGUUCAAAAGUGAAGACCAGUUUUUGAUCACAAAACAAGAGUGCAUUUUAAAACCAAAUUUACUAUGAAACAGUGCAUGUAACAUAAGUAUUUACAAAACUAAAA